UUGGAUUUCCCUAGAAUGCUGUCUUUGUCUCGGGCUGUUGUGAGCGGGGUGGCCCGCGCCCCGGCGGCGCUCAGUCAAGGCGCCAUCGUUCGAUUUAACAGCACGGCUCAGACUCCCCCUAAGAAAACAACAUUCGGGCCACUAGCAGAUGAGGACAGAAUUUUCACCAACCUCUACGGCCGUCAUGACUGGCAGUUGAACGGUGCCAUGAAGCGAGGUGACUGGUACAAAACUAAGGAGAUACUUCUCAAGGGUGUGGACUGGAUUCUCAAUGAGAUCAAAGUGUCAGGCUUGCGCGGAAGGGGAGGCGCCGGAUUCCCCACUGGCAUGAAGUGGAGUUUUAUGAACAAGCCCAGUGACGGCAGACCCAAGUAUCUAGUGGUGAAUGCGGACGAAGGUGAGCCAGGCACAUGCAAAGACAGGGAGAUCAUGAGGAACGACCCCCACAAACUAGUGGAGGGAUGCCUGGUGGCUGGCAGAGCCAUGGGGGCACGUGCAGCCUACAUCUACAUCCGGGGGGAGUUCUAUAACGAGUCGUCCAACUUACAGGUGGCUAUCAACGAGGCGUACGCGGCGGGGCUCAUCGGCAGGAACGCGUGCGGCUCGGGCUAUGACUUCGACGUGUUCGUGAUGCGCGGCGCCGGCGCGUACAUCUGCGGCGAGGAGACGGCGCUCAUCGAGUCCUUGGAGGGGAAGCAGGGCAAGCCGCGACUCAAGCCUCCAUUUCCUGCCGACGUUGGCGUGUUCGGCUGCCCGACGACGGUUGCUAACGUGGAGACGGUGGCUGUGGCGCCCACCAUCUGUCGCCGCGGCGGCACCUGGUUUCUUGGUUUCGGCCGUGAGAGGAACUCUGGCACCAAGCUCUUCAACAUCUCCGGCCACGUCAACCACCCAUGCACCGUCGAGGAGGAGAUGUCCAUCCCUCUGAAGGAUCUCAUCGAGAGGCACGCGGGUGGGGUUCGAGGCGGCUGGGACAACCUGCUUGCCGUCAUCCCUGGCGGCUCGUCCACGCCGCUCAUUCCCAAAAAGGUGUGCGAGGAGGUGCUGAUGGACUUUGACGGACUUCUCCAGGCUCAGACCGGCCUGGGCACGGCCGCCGUCAUCGUUAUGGACAAAUCUACCGACAUUAUUAGAGCCAUCGCCCGCCUGAUUGAGUUCUACAAGCACGAGAGCUGCGGCCAGUGCACACCUUGCAGAGAAGGGGUGGACUGGAUGAACAACAUGAUGUGGCGCUUCGUCCAAGGCGACGCGCGGCAGUCCGAAAUCGACAUGAUCUGGGAGAUCAGCAAGCAGAUCGAAGGUCACACCAUCUGCGCUCUGGGAGACGGCGCCGCUUGGCCCGUGCAGGGUUUGAUUCGACACUUCAGGCCCGUCAUGGAAAGCCGGAUCGCCCAAUUCAAGGAACAGAAGCAGGCCAGCGCUUAA